AUGAAUGAAAUCGAGCCGAUUCCUUCUCAAUUAAAGUUGACUUCUGAAGCAGAUGUGUUGAAAUUAUUUCAAAAUUACAACAUUCAACAAAUAAAAAGCUAUGAUAGAGACCUGGAGAAACAAAUGGCACAGCUUACCUCUCAAUUCACUGGUCGAUUGAAGGCUAAAUAUAAAGACAUUCUUCAAGUGACUGAUAAUGUGGAUUCAUUGCUUCAAGAGUUGGAGACAAUCGAUUCCAAUUUUAGAGAGCUUUGCUUCAACGAUGAUCUCUAUCAAUUACAUAAACUUCCUGAAUUGGUAAUUCAUCAAAUAUCAGCGGAACAGGGCGAGAAAGAUAUUCUGAAAAAGGAUUCACUGAUAAAUGAAGAUUCUUCAUUGAUUUUAAAAUUAUCAAAUUGGAGCUUAUCAAUAUCAGAUUUCAUUACAAGGUUCACAGUUUCCACUGUUUCAUCGAAAUUAUUUGAUAAUUUGAUCACUCAAUUUAAGGAGCUUGAAAUCAUACCAGAGGAUAGUUUAAAAAGUGAUUAUAGAACCUUAGUACUGAAUAAAUGUCAUGAGCUACAAUCAUAUCUAAUAAAUUCUAUCAAAUCCUCUCAAUUGGACUUUGGCUUAAUACAAUGGAUGAAUCUCUAUUAUUUGUUUGUACCAACAGAAUCUCACACCCAAUAUUACUGGGAUAAGAAAAUGUUGGAACAAGUAGAAACUUUGAUAUUCAAUGCUAUUUUCCAAUAUGAUAUUGAUACUUUACUAAAUAAUAAUACAACAAAUGAGCCCAUGACAGAUUCAGAUCAAAUCAUUAUAUCCAAAUUUAUUACAAUGGAGAAAUUUCAAAAGAAAUUGGUACAAGAAAAAGUACAUACUGUGGAGUCACAUAUUAAAGUUAUGGAGAAUAUUGGCAGUCAGAAAGACAAGAAUGAGGAAGCAACGUCAGUAUCAUCUUCAUUGUACCCAUUGGAACUAACGGCUACUAUUGAUAUCAAUGAUAUUGUUGAGAAGUGUAAAGUCAUUUCAUUAGGAUUAAACGAUGAUGAGAGAUUACAGUUGUACACAAAUUCCAAACCCGCGAUUAAUAUUUUAAAGAACUUGAAAAGCUAUAAUUGUAAUCCAAAAGUUAUUAAUGAAUUGAAAGAAAAACUGAUUACAUUAUUGGAAGCUAAUAUACCGAAGAAACAAACGACAGAAAACGUGAACAUGGGCAACAAUUCAAUGAAACUCACAUCUGAUGUGGGGUCUGAACGAAUAGAAGAAGCUGCUAACAAAGAGGAGGAACAUAAGGAAGAAGAAAGUAGCAACAGUGAAGUACAGAAGGUAGAUGACGAACAUGAGAAUUCACCAACCUUAGAGAAGGCACAGAACACUAGAUUAGAACUUGAUAAACAAACAAAGGUGGAAGGAGAUCAAUUACAAAUUGAUGAGAAGGAGGAGGAGGAGGAGGAGGAGGAGGAGGAGGAAGAAGGGGUAGAUAUUAUAGAAGAUAAAUCCAACAAAAAGCAAGCUCCUGUAAAAACUGAAGCAAAUGUAGGUAGUGAGAGUGCUAAUUCGAAUACAGAACAAAAAGCGAUUAUCAAAGAAUCAAACGUUGAAUCAGUCAAGAGUACAUCUACCUUUAUCGAUCAACUAGUUUCAGGGUACAGUGAUACUAAUUUUGAAAAGUUGCUUCAAUUGCAAAUCGACGAGCUGAAUUUAAUAUAA